UAGCAACAUUAAUUGUCUAUGAUUAUCAUCUAUAUUUCAUAUCAUUGUCUAUGUUCAACUUCCUCUUCCGUUUCUGCUCUUCACACGAAAAUACACGGAUCAAUCACAAUUCCCGUUUAUUAUUACUCCCACGAGCUUCAAGCACCCCCAGGGCCUACAAAUCAACCACAUACAGUCCACUCCGCUCCAUGGUCCUUCUCGGAUCGAGGGGUAAGCUGGGAAGUACGACAAACGCAAAAUCCGUGCGAACUAUUUUCGAGCUUCGCGCCAUACAAGUUCAAAAAGGGCGCCAUCUUGCAGCUCCACGCAAAUUAUCCAUCGUGGUGUGCAACAAGAACGCAGCGGAAGGUGCAAUUUCGAUCGUCGAGGUUGGCAAGACUGCGCUGAGAUCAGCGCCACCAACAACCAAUCAGCGAGCGCGAAUCAGCGAGUCUGCGCUAAGAACGGUGCCAUCGACCAAUCGGCGCGCGCGAUUCUGCGGGCCGAGAGCAUCCGGCGCACGAAGAUACCGCCGACUGUCAGCCGAGCCGCCGCAGCCGUCAAAGUCGCAAACAAAAGUGCAAAGCAGAAAAAAUUCAACUCACGCCGCCAUUUUUCGGUUGACAUCGAACAAUAUUUUAGUAUUAGUGACUAUAAGUGCUAAAAGUUAAGUGGUGCAAUUGUAUUUACAACCAAAAAUGGAUUUAAAAAAGCUUAAAUCCGCAAGGGGCUUCGUAAAAGGUACCAUUACACGUUUAUAUAGCUUCGUUAGAAAUGAGUUGUCACAGUUGCCGCUAGAAACUUUGAAAAUUAAAUUGGAAAAAGUAAAUAGUGCAUUUCUGGAGUACGAAUCCCUCAGCAAAGAAAUCUUGUGCAUAGAUCACGAAGAUUCUGAGGAUUUCGCAAGUGUAGAAGACCAGUUUUAUACGAUUGCCACCAUUUUAAACAAAGAGAUAAAUUCACGGUCACCACCUCAGAUUCCAGCGGCAACUGUACCUUCAACUCCAGCUACAAGUGCAAUAAAGUUACCUCCUAUAGAUAUACAAACUUUCACAGGUAAAUUCAUAGAUUAUGUACCAUUUAUAAACAUAUUCAUGUCACUAAUUGACAACAACAAUAGUCUAGAUAACAUCCAAAAACUGUAUUAUCUCAGAUCAUUUGUGAGAGAAGAGCCUUUUGAUCUCAUCAAGAACCUGCCAUUGGUAGGUGAAAGCUAUCAGGAAGCUCUUAAACUCCUUAAAAAUAGAUAUGAGAAUAAGAACAGAAUUGUCAAUGAACAUAUAUGCAACCUUCUAGAUUUGAGGACAGUAGGAAAAUCUACAGCAAGCAACUUAAGAGAGUUUGUAUCAGCUAUUAGGCAACAAGUAGCCGCCAUAAAAAACCACAAUCCAAACAUCAUAUACUGGGAUCACAUACUAACAUGUAUAAUUCUGCGCAAAUUAGAUGGUUAUACGUCUCGGGCAUAUCAACUCGAGCGGGACCUGGACGCCGAACCCAGCCUGGAGGAUUUGCUCUGCUAUCUGGACAAAAGGGCUCUGGCGCUGGAGGGCACCGACCAGGGUCCUCACCACCAACAACCCCAAGCAAGAUGGUCGAACAGCGGGAAGGUAGCAGCACACGCAGCCGCAGCUGACAAGCCGCCAACCUGCUUAAAUUGUGCUACUGCCGGAGAAGAGCAGUGUGACUCCUGCCAACAACAGCGGGAAGCAGUCGCCAGCUCAGAAUGAUCUGCACAUCUUUAACACACACUUCGGCCACAUCAUCGGAGGGAGUCUGCCGACAGGUUCCAUUAAGGGUCAAAUAUUAUGUAAUAAGGUAGUGCUAAAAUGUGAAAUGGAUCUCAAUGAAACACUAGGCCAAUUUUGGACAAAUGAAAAAGUACCUGAAAUAUUUUCAGAGAAGUCUCCAGAACAUGAGCUCUGUGAGCAAAUAUUCCAAAAUUCAGUAGAACUCAAAGAUAAACAGUUUCAAGUUCCAUUGCCCUUGAAAUUACCUCUGUCUGAAGUAAAAGAGACACUAGGUGAUUCAUUUAAUUUGGCUCUGAAAAGAUUUCAGGUACUUUUUCAUUUGUCCAAAAUUGGCCUAGUGUUUCAUUGAGAUCCAUUUCACAUUUUAGCACUACCUUAUUACAUAAUAUUUGACCCUUAAUGGAACCUGUCGGCAGACUCCCUCCGAUGAUGUGGCCGAAGUGUGUGUUAAAGAUGUGCAGAUCAUUCUGAGCUGGCGACUGCUUCCCGCUGUUGUUGGCAGGAGUCACACUGCUCUUCUCCGGCAGUAGCACCUGAAACAUUAUGUUGGCACCCAUUAACAUGUGAAUGUCACUUGGCACAUUGAAUUGCUCGUCUGCCCAUUCAAUGUUAGA